AUGUCUUAUGCGACACAGUGGAAAGAAUCUGACGGCGAUUUCUUGCUGGUCGUUGCUGGUUUGACACGAUAUGCACCUUAUCUCACGGGCUGGCAAGAGUUCAAAGACCAUAUCCGAAAGGUUGUCAAAGAGCAGCCUGGCUGGGUUGACGUUUAUGCAAGCCAAAGUCAACGAAGGGGCGAAAUGCAAGGUUGGUGUAGACUCAAAGACAAGCAAGAUGCAGAUGCUGCGUACAAAACAUUCUACAGAUCUAAAGGCAUGCUGGUGCACGUUUGGCAGACGCGCCGUAGCAAUGAAGGAUUCCGACUGAUGGAGUGCAACUGCUCUGUGCAUUUUCUGGACCUACCUGAAGGCGAUCAUUCUCCCGGACUCUGCGGAAUUGACAUCGGAAGGGUCAAUCAGUUAGGCGGUCAGCCGUAUGCCGUCCCUCCAACACAGUAUAUGCCGGUUCAGCCAGGAUACCCAUACUCAACUUACAGUUCGACUACCUCCUACCCCGUUCCCCCUGUAUAUGCAACACAGGCGCCAAUGAUGCCCCAGAUAGUAGCCCAACCUCCAGUCUACUCAGCAAGCAACAACGGCAUGCCGGUCAACAUCCGAGACGGUGCCAUGCUGACCGAGGCUCGUGGCAUCUUCAUACAGAAUCUAAGUUACAAGGUUGGCUCAGACGAGCUCAAAAGCCUGCUGUACUCAGUGGGGCGGCCUGUAGAUUGCAAAGUGCACCGAGAUCGUUCCGGGGUUUCCAAGGGGGUGGCUACCGCCAAGUUUGCGUCAACACACGAAGCACAAUUAGCAGUGACCCACCUAAACCGCAAAUCACACAGGGGGAUGACAUUGAAAGUUCGCCUCGAUCAAGCUACAACGGUUGUUGGCCAGGUCGGGCCUCCUCUAGUCGUCAAUGGAUCUGUUGGUGCAUACAGCGCCGGCAAAUAG